AUGGCUUUCAUAAUGCCAAAAAGGAACGUAAUUUCAUCCGUUGCGUUCGUUUGAUUGGUUGUUAGAAGACAGUAGAAAUUGCUUGUUACCAUAAGUGUAAUGUAAUCUAAAAUAACACAAUCAUUUGUUAAUUUUAUUUCUCCGUUUAUUAAAUGAUUUUAUGAAAUUUCUACACUGGAUUUCACUGUGCGGAUAGUCAAAAUUAAGUUAGUGUAAAUUUAAUUAGUAUCUUCUUUUAUUUUGGCGAUUUUGUAAAAUAAAAUAGUGUGGAUUCGUUACAAAAUAUUGCAAAAUGACUUCUGCUUUGUAUUUGGAACACUAUCUGGACAGCUUGCAGCAUUUACCUAUAGAAUUACAAAGGAACUUUAAAUUGAUGAGAGAUCUCGACGACAGAGCUCAUGGUUUAAUGAGGACUAUAGAUCUUAUGGCCGAUGAAUUGCUUCCCAGUGUUCCUAAAAUGGACGACGAAAUUAAAAAGGAAAAAGUGAACACUAUUCAAGGUCUGUUUAAUAAAGCUAAAGAAUAUGGAGACGAUAAAGUGCAACUAGCUAUUCAAACAUAUGAAUUAGUAGAUAAACACAUACGUCGCCUUGAUUCUGACCUCGCGCGUUUUGAAUCAGAAAUUCAGGAGAAAGUUAUGAGCUCUCGCGCCGCUCAACAGGCUGCUACGGACCAGGAAUCUAAUACAGCUACUGUUAAGAAAGGAAGGAAGAAACACAAAGGUAGCGAGAAGGCCGCAGCGACAACCGGUAAAAAGAAGCGUCCUGGCGCCUCGAGCGAGGAGGACGCCGUUGCAAGUGGACGUUCAGCGGCCAAGAAGAAAGCUCAGAGGAAAGGCACUACGACUGCAACUACAGCCGUUAAAGAACAGGAGGAAAACACGGAUUUGGAUUCCGUUCCAGGAAUGUCUCAUCCUAGUGACGUGCUAGACAUGCCAGUCGACCCUAAUGAACCCACAUAUUGCCUUUGUCACCAAGUUUCUUAUGGUGAAAUGAUAGGAUGUGAUAAUCCCGACUGCCCUAUUGAGUGGUUCCAUUUUGCAUGUGUAGAUCUUAAGAUUAAGCCUAAGGGUAAAUGGUACUGCCCUAAAUGCACCCAGGACAGAAAAAAGAAAUGA